UACACCUGUUGCAUGCACUGAACAAAAAAACACGGAUAGCAUAGGCAAGUGCAUUCCUUUGGAGAGAAGUUCUCAAGAGCAAAGUGCAGGACGAGUAAGGUGCUACGUUGCUUGGGCGAAUAACUCCAAAUAAGAACUCUAUUGUUGCAUGAAAAAAAGUUUUUAAUCUGGGGAUUUAAAGUGGAUCACAUGCCCUGACUGAACACCAGCGGCACGAGAGCACGCGCAUUCCACAGCAGCCUCUCGCGCGUCGUUUGUUUUCCUCGUCAAGAAACCCGCAAACAGAAAACAUAGUGAGAAGAUAUCGAGGAAAAGUGGUUCAACAUGUCAUUUUAGAUGGACUACUGUUUGUUUAUGUAGCAAAUCGGACAUUUAGUCACUGUCGGACAUGACGCAUUCUUACAGUCAGCGUUCUCUCGUGGUACUCGCGUUUUUAGGGAUUUUAUCCGCAAUAAUGUCCGUAUUGUCCGUCAUUUUGAUCUUCCAGCUCCAAACGCAACAGGCUGUUAUAAAGGAUUCGCCUAUUUUCGGGUCGAAUGAGAUCACAGCUGUGUUAAUGGCCGUUUCUACGGUCCUCUCAGCCUUGUCUCUGACACUCAACUUGAGCUCAGUUGUUGUGUGUUUGCUUCACAGCUAUUUAGCUACUGAAAUAUGCCGAGGAGAACCAGAUACACAAAGGGCCGACUGGUUUCUAUUGGAUAGCAGGGUUGUCCGGCAUGUAACCAUUGGGCUGUUUUGCCUUGGAGUUUCAGUUUACUUAGCUGCCAUGUCUAUUUACAUGUUGUUGGUGUUAGAAGUUGAGACGGGCAUAGCCAGUGUGUGCGUGCUCUCCUCUGGUGUUCUCGUCCUGCUAUUUAUCAUUAUCCACUCCCUAAUAAGGGCCGCACAUACAGCCAAACAAUUCCGCAAUGAACAUGCCCACACCAUGUACCACAACAACCCUGAAAACAUUGCUGGAAUCCGUACAUCUAACCCAAGCAUUACAGAAAAGCCAAGGAGGCAACACAGCCUGCACAGCCAUUUCAUCAACCCCACUCACAUCGAUCCUAAAUCACUGUACUCGCCAUCCAACGGCCCUCACGGUCACUUUGGUGAUAAGGAUGGCUACGGUGGCGGUGGGAGCGGAAGGACGCACCGGACACUUUCGACAGAGUCCGGCCUGUUUCAAGCACAGGCCAAACCCUGGAACGGGGUCAACAGUGAGAUGAGAUCUGUACUUGCUCGUAAAGCCACGAUCAAGGAUUCAACUUUAGUAUGAAUGGUAACACAUCUAGUUUGGUGUCAAGAUGGGCAUUAUGUAAUACAGUAUGUGGUUAUAUUUCAUGUGCAUAAUAUAUAUACACACUUGAGUUUGG